CCCGGCCGCGGCUUCGUUCUGCCUCAGGCACCUCCGCCCGCUGGGAAGCCGCCGCUGGUCCCCGGGGAGCUCGGCCGGGCGGGCAGGAGGUAUUUAUCAACCUGUUUUGUUGGGGCGACGCUUGUAAGCCCAGAUGAAGAAGAGGAGGGAGAUGAAGAUGGUUCAGAUGAGGUUCCCACGGCCUCAAAGAAUGAAAUCUACGAAAUAGUGGGUACUCUUUCUAAACCGGAGAGUACUAAUCCACGUUUUGCAAAGGAAACGUAUGCAGUUUCUUCUCGAGAAGCACUCUUAAGUCACUUGCUUGAGUGUGAAAUUGUUUUAUAUAAUAUCACUGAAGAUGCAAACCAAAUUGAGGAAGCAAUGUGGGCUGCUUCUGCCCUACAUAAGGAAAUAGAGACUUUUGCAAAACAAAAGAUAUUCAUCCUCAUUUCAACAAUAAUGACCUGGGGAAAUACCAAACCCUCUGACCCUGAAAAUCCUGAGAAUCCUUUUAAUGAAAGCAAUUUUCGCAAAAGAAAAUCUCAUCCUAGCUUUAUGGAUUACAUAAAUGCUGAAAAACACAUUGCAAAACUCGGGAAAACUAACAAUGAAAAGUUUUCAACUUAUGUUGUUGCCUCAGGACAUCAAUAUGGAGCUGGGGAAGGACUCUUUCACUACUUUUUUAAGAUGUGUUGGGAUGGUGAGACUUCUGCAAUACCUGUUUUUGGAGAUGGAAAUAAUAUUAUUCCAACCAUUCAUAUUCGUGAUUUAGCAGGAGUGCUGCAAAAUGUAGCAGACCACAGGCCAGACUUUCAGUAUGUACUUGCAGUAGAUACAUCGAUGCACACCCUUGAACAAUUAAUAAAGUGUAUUAGUAAAAAUCUCGGACCUGGAAAAAUUGAGAAGGUUCCUAAAGAAAAUGCAUUCCUGAGCAAAGAACUAACACAAAUGCAAUUGGAUAUGUUGUUUGUGAACCUGCGAUUCGAACCUACUUAUCUGAAAGAGAAUUUCAAUAUUAAGUGGGUUGCUGAGGAAGGACUGAUAGAGAACAUUGCACAAGUCAUCAUGGAAUACAAGCAAACUCGAGGAUUACUGCCUCUCAAAAUUUGCAUUCACGGUCCUCCUGCGUCUGGCAAAUCUACCAUUGCUAAGGAGCUCUGCAAACACUAUAAACUACAUUAUGUUACGAUAAACGAUGCGAUUUCUGAAAAAAUUGCAGAUCUGGAACAAAUUGUGGCUAAAGAACCUGAAAGGGUGGAAGGAAAAGUAGAAAGAGAAGGAGAAGGAGAAGAUGAUGUGCAGGAGGAGGGUGAAAAUGUAGAAGCAGCAAAGGAAUUAUUAGACGAAAUAAAAGAAAACAUGCAGCAGAAUAAAGGCCAACUAGGUGAUGAGUAUCUUAUUAAAAUUAUGAAGGACAAGCUCAUGUCUAUGCCUUGUAGGAACCAAGGAUAUGUUUUAGAUGGGUUCCCAGAGACCUAUGAGCAGGCAACGGAUCUUUUUAAAGAAGAAGAGGAUGAAGCAGAAGAAGAGGAAGAAGAAAAAGGCAUAAUGCCUAAAUUUAAUGAAAUAAUUAUACCUGAAUUUAUUUUUUCUUUGACUGCAUCUGAUGAAUUCCUUAUAAACAGAAUAAUAAAUCUGCCAGAGGUCGAAGUUGAUGGAACGCAUUAUACUGAGGACCAGUUCCUGCAAAGUCUGAAACACUUCCGCAAGUUAAAUACCGAUGAUACGACAGUUCUCAACUAUUUUGAUGAACUCGAAAUACAUCCUCAGUUUAUUGAUAUAGCUGUAUAUGAAGAUGCUGAGAACAGACUUACUGUACCAAAGAUCAUCAAAGAAGUUGGAGAACCUCGGAAUUAUGGUUUGACAGAUGAAGAAAAGGAGGCUUUGGAACGUCAAGCAGCGGCGGAACGCCUUGUCAAAGAAGCUCAAGAAAAAGCUGAACAAGAGUAUAAAGAAGCUCAGGAAAGGGAAGAAAGAAUGGCAAGAUGUGAAGAGUGGAAUAAACAGCAGGAGGAAGUGAAAAGACAAGAACAAGAGUUCUUGGAGGCCCAGUCUGUUCCAUUACGGAACUAUUUAAUGCAGAAUGUCAUGCCAACACUUAUGCAAGGGAUAAAUGCAUGUUGUAUGAUCAGGCCAGAUGAUCCAGUCAAUUUUCUGGCAGAAUAUCUCUUCAAGAACAGUCCUGAUAUCGAUUGGAGUAAACCUUAAAUCCUAGCAGCAAUAGGAAUUGUGAAACAAAAAGGGAGAAAAUUCCUAAUACAUUUUAGAUAAAAAUACUUUCUGAUGUUAUUUUUGUUUAGGCUUAUUAUGUCAUCUUCAUUUUUAUUUCUCAUACUUUAUUACUAUUUUGUACUGGGUUUUUAACACUCUUCUAAAUUUCCAUUUGCUGCAUGUAUGGAUUGAUGCAUUUACACGUCUCUAUAUUAUAUUCCUAAUCCUUAGUGAAUGUAGGCAGCUAGCAUGAGAAAAACUUUUAUCCAAAAAUAAAAGUGUUUCUCUGUCCUAUUCCUCCUCCCAGUAACCAAGAGGCAAAAAGUCACACAGUACAGUCUUCUUGUGCUGCACUGAAGACUGACUGUUAAACAGUUUCCCAGCACAGGUAUGUCAUAAAACCUGUGUUUCACUUUGGUAUCAGACACAUGGCUGUAGAACUCAUUUAAUAAUCUUCAGCAUUCAACACUAGAUAACAUAUUUUUUAGAGAUUCUUGAAGAAUCUAGACUUUCCAGCACAUGGCUGUCCUCAAUUUUGAUGACUUCAUCCAGAUGUCACAGGAACUAUAUCUAUGCUAACUGAGCUGAAAUUGAUUGCAUACGUGGUGUUAAACAAAUACAUGAUUUUGUCAAAACAGAAGGCAAGGACCCUUUGUGCAAAAGGAGGGGGGGAAAAAAGUGGAAGAGCUGAAAGAAUAGUGAUAUAGAAACAUUUCACAGCUAUUUUUUCUGUAAGUUUGAGUAUCAGAAUUUUAGAUGUGUUAAUGGCCAAUGUUUUUCUUCAAGAUAUAUUAGUGUUUUUAUAGAGUAUCUUAUUUCAUCUGUUUUCAUAGUCUCACAGACAAGUUGGGAAUAGAGUUCAGAACCAUCAUCUCCUACUCUAAAGAAACACAUAUAAAUAUCUCUAUGUCCUAUCUGCUCUCAGCCCAAGUUACCAUUUAUCCUGUGAGGUGGUUGAAGAUGAAAUAACUGGUAGCUUUAGAAAAUUUCUUAGUUUUAAAGGUAAUUUUUUCAGAAUAAAGAUAUAACCUGGUCACUUAAAUAGAGAGGGUAAACCAGGUUUUAUCCAGUUACUGUAAUGCGUUUACUUUUCCAAGAAUAAAGUUUUGAGCUGAUCUAUAAA